AUGUCGCAGCAGAUGCUGGGACCAAACGGCCGCUUGCUGCGGGAGAAGCUGCAGCAACACUUUCUGGCCGUGAGCGCGCAUGCCUUCUCCACCAUGCUCUCCCACUUGCCGAUCGAAGCCCUAGUCUUAGUCAAGGAGCAGGCGCGCCAUGAGCCAUGGUUCCACCUGCUCACCGAUGACGUCCUUCACACCUCGCUCCUGCGUCAAGACUGGUCCAUCCGAUCGGCGUUCAUGAGCGGACAUUUGCCACCGACCAACCUGGUGCCCAUCUACGAUCCCGAGGAUGGAAUGCUCCGAACUUCGAUCCUGGCGGAGCGACUCCUGUCCUCCUCCGAGAGGUCUCAUCCUCGGGUGGAGCCGCUGCAGGACACCUCGCCAGCUGCGACCCUGAGGUUUUCCGUUGAGUUGGGUAGCUCCUCGAUGAUGCCGAACCUCCGGGGCUUCAAGCUGGUCUUCGACCUCUUCACCAAGGGAAUCUUGCGAGAUGUCUUCAACAUCCCACGAGAACCCACUCAGAAGAUUUUCGUGGCUGGCGGUGCAAUCCUCGCGUGCGCACAGCUUUGGAAGCAUCCGAAGUUGCAACCUCUUUACAAGCUCGUCGCGUCCGAGGUGGCCUGCUUCUCCUUGCUGAAGAAGCUGCGAAUCGGACAGUCGCCGCAGGUCUUGCAGAACAUCCUGGCGUUCGCGGCCGCGGGGGAGGAAGCCGUGGACAAUGCUAGCAAGCCGGCCGAGCAACUUUGGCUACCCGCCGGCAGUACGGGCAACAAGGACUCCUGGGGCUUUGCCUCCUCUGAUAUCGAUGUCUUCAUCUGCUGUGAGACAGAAGAAGAAGGCAGGCAGCUCUUGAGGCAGACGAUACACACCAUCUGCAAGAACAUCACGGAGAUGCGCAAGAAAAUGCUUCUGAAGAGGAGGCGAAGGGGGAUCCCAGAGGAAGUUCAACUCAACAGCGCAGGCUACUCUCGUGACAUUCGCCUGCUGCGAUCAGCCAACGCACUUAGCAUCUGGGGCGGCUGGCCAUUCCGCACCGUGCAAGUCAUGGUCAUUCUUUACAAACGGAUGGACGAGGUUUUGAACUUUUUCGACUUGGACUGCAUCAGCCUGGGUUUCGAUGGCCAGAACGUGCUUGCUUUACCCAGGACGCUUCGAUCGCUGCAGACCGGGUACAACUUCGUGGAGCCGGCGAAGCUCCGGAGGUGGUCCACUGGACCUCGGAUCCUGAAAUACAAGAGCCGAGGCUUUGGAACUGUGUUCUUCGAGAUUUGCAAGCACCAUCCCCGAUGCGACCUGCCCAAAACCUUGGAUGAGGAAACAGCUCGCCGCAUCGCGGCCUUGAACGGCUUCGUUUCUGCUGGCCAGGAUUUGGGGUACGGCGAAGUGGAGCUGCCUUUUGUGGCCCGCAUGCUCCUUGGGAUGCACCUGGACCAGUACAUGGAGAUUCACGAGUCCAAGAGGCAGCGAAUUCGGGAGGGCAUUGACUAUCAGUCCAAGGGUCUCUGGAAUCUUCCAGAUAGUGACCUCAUUGCCGGCAAGUACCGUUAUAUCUCGGGUGAUGAGUCGGCUUCCGAGAAGUCCAUCGAGACGCUCCUCAGCGUGAGCAUGGAGAAGGAUGGGUUGCCAGGUGUGCGCUGGAAGAAUGUGGAUCUCUGGGAGAGCCGACGGGGCAAUGAGUUCCUACCAAGGUGUUACAUGUGCCGCGAGCGCAUCGACCCCUCCGCCACCUUGGCGGAACGACCCCGACUCUGCGGUGCUUGCGAGGCUCUCAGCAGAGACAAGCUUUGCCAGCAAGCCGACCUCAAUGGCAAGACAGCCAUCGUAACCGGUGGCCGCGUGAACAUCGGCUAUGCCACGGCCCUGAAGCUGCUCCGCAUGGGCUGCGAAGUGGCAGUGACCACACGCUUUCCCAGAGACUGCCUGAGGCGAUUCAGCCAAGAGUCAGACUCUGCCUCCUGGAUGUCGCGACUGUCCGUGUAUGGGGCGGACUUUCGCAACGUGCCCACUGUCGCCGCUUUGGGAAAGCACCUCGCAAGCAUGUUUCCGAAGCUGGACUUUCUUAUCAACAAUGCUGCUCAGACGGUGAAGCGCCCACCCGCACACUACAAGGCUCUUGUCGAGGCGGAGCAAACCCCGCUGGAGGCUGGUCUCGAAGAUCGGCUUCGGCAGCUCCCGGGCUGCAAACCCGACCUCAAGUACCUGCUGGACGACAGCGACGCCAUCGCCGACAGCAUCCCUGGCCCUGUGGCAUCCCCGUCUGGGCAACUGAGCCUUAGCCAACUACCCGUCGCAGAGGCCAAGGAUCUGCGGGCGGAGACCAGCUGGACUGCGAAGAUCGGCGAGGUGUCAUGGGUUGAGAGCGUGGAGGUGCAGGUGAUCAAUGUGACGGCACCCUUCGUGCUGCUCAGCGAGCUGAAGCCCUCGUUGCUGUCGAAGGAGGCGAUGGAGCCCCAAAAGGACGCGACAGCGCGCAUCUUGCGCCGGGAGGACAAGGAGCCGCGUGACUUGCUGAGCGGCGAGGGCCCUGGCACAAUACCCAGACGCUACCUUUAUGGAUACGUCGGGCAAGGCCUCCAGGAGAAACGGCGGCAGCUCAUGAAAGAAGUGAAGUAUGUGGUCAACGUCACCUCCCAGGAGGGGUCUUUCCGUUCCCUUGGCAACAAAGGGGCCAACCACCCCCACACCAACAUGGCCAAAGCCUCGCUGAAUAUGAUGACCUGCUCUGUGGCCGACGAGUUCAGCCGUGCAGGCGUGGCCAUCGUGUCGGUGGACACUGGCUGGAUCUCAAGGAUGAAACCGGAGCCCCUCGCCGAGGCAGAGCCACACGUGCAGAGUGCGCCGCCCCUCAGCGCCGAGGAUGGAGCAGCUCGGGUGCUGGAUCCCAUCAUCUCCACGAUGAACGGCCAGCAGCCCGUGACUGGCUGCCUGCUGAGAAACUUUCAACCGGUCGACUGGUAG